AUGACCACGACAUCAAGCAACAAACUUUACAUUAAGAACAAUCAGGAUCAAACGAUUGUUGGCAUUCUUGAACUAAGUAAUAAAGUAGAGGCAUCACCAAAUAUAAAAAUAUCCGAUGGCACAAAGCUUGGUUUAAUUCUACAUGGAACGCUUGGCCAUAAAGAUUACUUGUUUCAAAAAAAGUUGGCAUCGGUGUUGCCAUUUGAUACUUUUCGUUUUGAUUUUCGGGGAAAUGGAGAAAGUGAUGGCGAACGAAAAUAUGCAAGCAUUAAGGAUGAUUUAGAUGAUCUUGAAACUGUGCUUGACUUCUUACAAAAAGAAUAUGGGUAUAGUCUCUAUGCCCUCAUUGGCCAUUCUAAAGGGGCCAUGAUAGCUUUGUUGUACGCAGCAACACGUAAUCACAACGUACCUCAUGUAAUAAAUAUAUCUGCGCGAUAUUAUAUGGAAGCAGCACGACAAAGACACGGAAGUGACGCAAUGCAAGAUUUGGAGACUCGAGGCUAUUUCUAUUGGGAAACAAUGUCACUAGGACAAGUUAUAAAAUGGAAAAUUACAAAGGAUGAUUUUUCGGAGUGGCUGACGACUCCUAUGCAUUUAGGCAUUUAUCUAGUUAAAAAUAUUCCGGAGUCGACGUCCGUCUUAACUAUCCAUGGUACAAACGAUGAAACAAUUUACGUGACAGAUGCAGCCUCAUUCGCCAACUCGAUAUCGAACCACACACUGAAAUUGAUUAUUGGUGCAAACCAUCAAUACACUAAUCACAAGGAUGAACUUGUCAAUCUGAUUUUAGAAUACUAUUCGCCGGAAUUUCAAUCAACGCGUUUUCUAAACAGAAAUCGGGUAAUUAAUAAUGUUCCUCGAAUUAUUAAAAUUGGCGGCGUGAAGAAUUUUCGUGACGUGGGUGGAUGGAAGUGUACCGUUAACAAUAAUGACAAUCUGAGUUAUUACGUUCGUUCUCGUUUCGUUUUUCGCUCUGCAGAGCUUUCCAUGAUUACAGAUAAAGGCAUCGAGGCAUUAAAACGGCUAAAUAUUCAGAAAAUAUUUGAUUUGCGAUCGAAUUCAAAACGUUUUAAAGCAGUUCCAGAAAAUAUAGCUAAUGCUCAACGUAUUCAUACUCCAGUUUUUCCUGAGUCAUCUAUUUCGCGUGAAGAGAAAAUAAAAGGCUUUGCACCUUUCAUCACUGGGCCUGUAGGUUUUGCACAAAAAUCUGGCAAAAAAACAUUUCGCACAAUAUUUGAACAUAUACUUUAUCAUCCGAAUUCACCGUUCCUCGUUCAUUGUCGAGCAGGAAAAGAUCGUACUGGCGUUUUUGCGAUGUUACUUUUGAAGUUGGCGGGGGUUGAUGAUGAGUUAAUUGCACGAGAGUAUGAGUUAACAAUGCAGACGCAAGGUUAUGACGAAAAUGAAUUACAAAUCAUCUCUGAUAAAUUAAGUUCAGCAUUUACAAUAGAAGAAUGUGGACGCGCGCUUAGUGCACAAUACGAAUCAAUGAUAUUGACUCUAAACAAGUUUUCAGAGAAAUACGGCAAUAUUGAAUCAUAUUUUAUUAAUGAAUUGGGAUUCACCAAGGACGAGAUUCAUCAAAUUCAAAGUAAUCUGGUGGAACCUUCUUUGUUGCAAUCAGAACUAGAAAUUUGA